AUGGAGAAUAUGAAUAUUUUGAAGAAGAUGUAUAUUUACACCCAGAUGUUUAUAACAAAAAGUUACUUUGAUCCAGACAAUGAACUAGAGCGAACAAAUAAACCAGACAUAAUUAAUGAAUAUUUUAGUAAGACAGAAGAAUCUGUAUUUGAUGACGCAAACUACGAAGAAUAUAAUGAAGAAUUUGGUAAUAUUGACUAUCCAAAUGAAGAAGAACAGUCUAAAGAAAAACAAAAAGAAAUACAGGAUGAAGAAGCAACUACCUAUAAAAUAAUUAAUCCAAUUAAUCCUGAACAAAUUUAUACUUAUGAUGACAAUACAAUUAAAAUACUUGAUGGAGUUAUUGACAUCAACAAUGAUGAGGUACCUGUUGAUACACUCAUUCAAGUAGAUUAA